GAGACGCCUGGUUAUAUUAUGUGCGCGCUCGUACCGAUGUCGUGUCCACCGUAUCGUAGUCGUACAGUUUGAUGCAAUGGGGUACCUAAGGUUGUAAUAUUGUUUAUGCUAGGUACCUAUAAAUACGAUUUCGCGUUGGUUUUGUUUCGAUUAUUUCUUAUUCUCUCUACCUAUACCGCUCGUUAAUAAAUCGUUAUCGCGCGCUCCAGUGUACGGCCGCUAUUACCUACCUACCUACCUACUUAACCAACAAUAAUAAUAUUGCACAGUUCAGUUAACAACGACGACGACCGGUUUUCGAGAGAAAGAAACAAAAUAAUAUACACAAUAUUAUUAUAAUAAUAAAAAUAACAAUAUAUAUAUACAGAAGAAAAAACCAUCGUCUGUGACGGCCGUAAUGCGAUAUUAGGCCUCUCGGGUCGGUGCAGUCGCGGUGCCCAGUGGUUAUCGCCUGAUCAAAAGUGUAUAACGAAAUAAUAAUAUUAAAAUACCUACGCUUAUUUAUUAUACGUGCCCGUGUACGCCCAAGACCCGCGUUCCGAGUCGUCCAUCGCAAUAUUUUUAGUAGCUGCCUGCAAUAAUAGUUUUUUAAACGCGUGCGAGUACCCAACGGGCUGUGAAUAGCGCGAACUUAUUGAUAUUUAUUUCAUUCCUCGUUGUUCCUACAACAAUAUCGAACAUACUAUUACACUUGCCUGUUAACUCGUACUUACCCGUUGUUUAUUUUCUUCCCCGAAUCCGUUUCAACCAUCCGCGAAAUUAUACCCGGCUACGAGCCUACAACAGUCGGUCAACUACAGUAGUCGCGGUACGUCAGUCAGUGAUUUUGACAAUUCGUAUACCUGGCCACACCUGAGUGUACCAUCUGUUAAUCCGGUAAGAAAACUAUGAUACAUAUUUAUUUGAUUCCUUUAUCAAUAUAGGUAGACUUUUCACAACUAUUCAUAAUUAAAAUUAAUUAUAGUUUAUUAAAAUUCAGUGGCGGUGCAAAGUGUUUUUCACUUUGAAUCACCAAUUUAAUUUUCUAUCCACCUACAUCCAUCAAACUACCAGGUUUCCAUGGGGGGCCUUAUUGAAGCUCAUAAAAGUUCCGCAGCACCAUACUUUUAAUAAUUUUUCUCAUGUGCAUACAUUGUAUAUAAAUACUGGUGUAUCUGUCCAGAAAACGCUUACUUACUUAAAACCCAUGCGUUUUGUUACCAAAGAUUGUAAUGAAUUUUGCAAAACCAUAAUAAUUAUUUUGUUAUAUUAUUUCUGGACACCCAAUUACCCAAGCAUCCGCGUCUCGCCCACCCAUUUUUUCUUUUUAAUCGCGUGAUUCAAAUCUCUUCACGCCGCCACUGUAUUAUGUAAUGGGUACCAAAUACAAAUAUAGGUACUGUUUUAUGACUAUUUAUUAAUAAACGCACGCGCCCGCCGAUGCCACUUAUCUAAUCUCGUCCAACUAAGAGGUGGGGCGAUGAAAGCGAUUACUCACUCGUUCGCUCCCUAAUAUACUCUAUUUUUUUUUUUUUAUACUAUUUGAUUUAAAUCACACGCGUAUGAUUUUACAUGCAUACGUUGUAUACGUUUUAAAAAUCGCCCCUCCCUACUCCCCGUUAUAUUGUCCUGGAUCCGCCCCUGCGGUCGACACAAUAAUUCGUCGUAUGGUGUCUGUUUUCAGAAAAGUUUCCCGCACUUUAAAAUAUUAGUUAAAAAAAAUGCGUCUUUGUAUCACACCCAUUCCGUAUUUUAGCAUUAAUUAUUCGUGAAGAAAUUUAACAUAUCUCAGAAUUUAGUUGGUCCAAGUAAUGUUUAUAUGUACCUAUGAUGCCUAUGACCUACCUACUUAUUAUUGUAGUUUUAGUGUUUACAUAUUUUGUUAAAUAUAAUAAUCGUCUAUAUAAAAUAGUGGUGUCUAUAACUACGUGCGAAUUAUUUCACGAUUUUCAAAAACGAUUAGACUAGGUUAGGUUAUUCAUUUAAACAAUAAAUAAACAUUCGCCCUAGUAGGUAUAUAUCUCCGAAUUAUAUUUCAAUAAAUUCAAAGGUAGUCAUACCCAUUGACGUAACGGGAUGGAGGGGGGGAGGGUUAAACGAAACUUCGCUGUUUUUCGACUCCAUACAAUAUGUAUAUUUAUAAAUCUAUAAAUGUCAUGUUUUAACAGUUUCGAGUAUUCGAACGAAAUGGUUUUCUAAUUUUAGAUUCCAAAUUUUGAGAGUAGAAUAUUGAGUUGGAUAACAGUUGGUUUUUUUUUUUCAUUUUUCUUACGAACAUUGUAUACAUAUCGAAGAGUGCUCGAUGCACUUCAAAAUGAAAACUGUAAAAUCAAAACUACAUGAAAAAUAUCCAAUCUAAAAAUCUCGCAAACCUAAAUCUACAUGACAUAAUAUUUCUAAAGAUUAUAAAUGCAUUAAAGAGUUUAGGUGUUUUUCAAAUCUAUUCGAGACAUUUUAAAGCGAUUAUAAAGUUUACAAUUUCUCUGAAAUAAAUACAAAUAAUAAUAAAACGAGUUGGUACUGGGGACGGGUGUGCCACUGUUGUAGGCGGGAAGUUGGGAAUGUAGGAUAUAUAAAAUUAUUUAAUUUCUAUCUGUAUGAAGUUCGAUUAAAUACAUUUAAAUAUAGUAAAUAAAUAUAUAAAUAAAAAAUGUGUAUAAAAAAUAAAUAAGUGAAUAAAUGCGUCGCCUGGAGUAUUAUGAUAAGUGUAUUGUACGACCGGUUGUACCCGAUGAUGAAUUUUAAAUUCGAAACCGGUCGUAUAAUACACUUAUCAGUUAUCUUAAUACUCCAGGCGACACAUUUAUUCAAUUAUUUAUUUUUUAUAUUAAUUUAUACAUUUUUGAUUUAUAUAUUCAUUUACGAGUAUUAACCAUUUUAAUAAUUUUGUUUUUACUUUAUUAAUUUAUUAUUAGACACAUUUUCUGAAAUGCUGUAAUAUUUACGAUUUCCGUCAAAAUUUGAUAUUAAAAUUCUUAUAUAAAAAAAAAAAAACUAGGUAAAUAUUCAAUUUUUAGAUUCUGAGAGUUUUUUUUUUUUUUGUUCCACUAUGUACGAACUAUAGUGAAUCUCCAUUAUUUUCAAUAAUAUUCAAACAUUUCUGUCUUAACAAUUGUACCCGUCACAGAGUACCUACCAAAUAAAAAUUACGUAAAAAAUGUCUAUAAGUAGCUCAAUAAUGGCUUGAAUUUUUUUGAUCAUUUUACCGCGUAUAGAAAAGGCAAAUUUAAGUUUUCUGUCAAAAUGUCAAGCCUCUACAAAGACUUUUAUCUGAAUUAUACAACAAAAAAACAAAAUUGAAAAAAAUAAAAGAACUAUUUUCGUUAACUUACCCGUUCUUUCUACGUUUUCUGGUUUUGCCUAAUAAUAAUAAUAAUUAAAAAAAAAAAUCUAAUAGGAAAAUCAAAAACUACUUUUAUGAUCACCAACUAGAUUAAAAAUGCAACACAAAUGGUCAAUUGUCGUUUUUCUAUUGGAGCAAUUUUUUUGGUAAAAUAUAUAGUUUGCAAAAAUUAAAAACAAUAAAAUCGUGAACACCGCGGUACGCUGUAAAUAUUUUCAGUUAUAUACCUACAAUUUUAUUCUUCGGUUUUUCCCAAUUAUUUUGAAAAUCCAUUUGUAAAUCAAAAAAAUUCCCUUUUUAAUGCAACAAUUAAAUAAAAUUUCCUUUCAGUAAAUAUGUUACAAUAUGUACAUCAGAGCAAGAUUUCUUUUCUAAAAGUUGUUUACAGACAGAAGAAAAAAGUUUUAAAAUAAAUACACAACCAUGCUGCGCUUUAAAUCCAAAAUAGUGAACAGUAAAAUAUACGUCUCGCUAAUAAUUUAUUUGGAAAUCAUUUUGAUCCUAUUAUUGUAAGUAGGACGUAUUCAAACAAGAAAAAUUGUUUUAUGAAAAGAAGUAUUACCUAUACCAUGUAGCGGGUUAGAGAGGGAAGUGAAAGGGACGAUUGCCACUCUCGUUCUCUCUUCAUUAUACUCUUAGCCCCAUUACACUCUUCAUAACUCGAUCCUUUAUUGAGGUCAUCAUAAACUAAUAUUAAGGUGAAUAUUAUAUCAUCUUCCAUCUUAUAUGAAUUUUCAAAUUACCUCUUCCCCCCAUAUCGUAUCUUGGAUCUGUAUCUGCACCUACCUAUUAAGUAUUGAAAUUCUCAAAAACUUAACGAAUUAAUAUUAAAAUACUUAUUGUAAUUACUAAUAUGUAAGUUAUAGAUAUAAGUAUUAAAAGUAUUUAAUAUUUAUCUUGAUUAUUUAUUUUCAUAUCUGGAAUAGGUCACCCAGACACUGGGAAAUCUCUCGGUAAGCCGUGGUGAAAAUAUACGUUAGGCAAAUCUGGUAAGGUCAGAUGAGGUAAUUAAAUAACUGGAUAUGUGACUCUUCGAAUUUAAUGCAACACAAAAUAUUGUUCUGUUAAAAGCUGUAAAACAGGGGCGUCUCCAAAUCAUAGACGUAUGAUGCGGAGAAGGCUAAGGAUGUUAUAGCUUCCGGAAUUUCCUCUAAUCCCCUCAACACUUCUUAUAGCUUCCCUGAAAAUGAGGAUGCAUUAAAAGGUUUUCUAGCUAUCCUUUUUUUUUUUUUUUUUUUUUUUUGCAAAAAUGUACAAAAUAAGUGCAGUUUAGUUCCUCGCAUCCUACGCCUACGCUCUAACCUUGUCUAUGGUGGGGGUGAAAUAAUUAAACAUGUAAUAUGAAUGUACACAAUAUUCAGAUACAGAUGGUUAAACCAUUUUUUUAAUCUUUUAAAAUUUAGAAUCUCUCCCCUCAAGACAUAUUUGUGUUACAAAAAUGUUUCGUGAUUAAAAAUAAAUCAUUAUAGUAGGUACUGUAGAUAUAUAUGGUAUAAACAUUAAUAUUUUUUUUAAAUUUACUAUAGUAUAAAAUCUUUAUCUAAUUGUUUCUCUAACCAUGAUGUAAUCGAACCCCUGUUUUUCUGUUUGUUCUCGUUCAUUAUUCGUAAUUAUUACGAACUUUAUUCCAACUGAAACCUUACUUAAUCAUGGCCGUUCUCACCAACGUUAAAAAUUGAUGUUUAUGUUGAUGAAAACGGGUCUUAAUUAGAAACUAAACUAAACUAAUAUAACCUAUAAAAUAUUUGAACUUAAUAUACACACAUUUUAUUAACUUACCAUUCGAUGGUAAUGUAUGAUUAUACUUACUUCUACUUCUAGAACAAUGAUUAUGCCAAGUACCAAUCUAAGUUCACUUCUCGGGGGGGGAUUGCUCCAUCAAAAUAAUUCAAAAUAAAUUCACAUAUGUAACAUAAUUUAUAACAGAUUAUUUUUAAGCAUAUAUUAUAUAUUACAUAUAUAAAAUUAAUAACUUAAAAAUACAUUUCAAUAAGUUUAAUCUUCGUUUUAAUAGUCGAUUGGAUUUUUUAUGAUAAUAUACCUAUAAUAAAAUAAAUGUAUGCAACUAAGUGUGUCAUAAUGAUUAUGUGCCAAAACUGAUUUAUAAUAAGCAUUUGAUGACUACAAGUGAUAGUAAAAGUAAAAAGUAAAAGUUGAAGCUUUUAAUUUGAAUUUGCUUCAUAAAAGUUAUACAAACCAAUAUAAAUAGUUUUUUUUAAAUUAAAUUCGUUUAGUUUUUUAAAAUAUAACUUAAAUACCUACCGAUUAAAUAAGAUUAUGUAACUUAGACAUUUAACUUUAAUUUUCUGGAAUAUUUCGCCAACUUAUACAAAUUUAUCUAACGGUAUAUUUUUUUCUUUAAAAUUGUUUUUGUAUUAGCCAAUUAAAUUUUCUUAAAAAGUUUGUAGAGUUUUUUGCUCGGCUUUUAUUAAUUUAACUCUAUCAAUUUUUACGAGUUUCGUGAUUCGCAGUUCUAUUUAUUGGCAUAAUAUAUAAAAUAUAGUUGCAUCAAGUGUGUUAAAUCAAUGUUGGUAACUUAUUGAAGUUUUUAGAUAAUUAUUUUAAUUAUAAUGAUGCGAUUACCUGAUUAUUGGAAAUUAAGUAGACCAACUGCCCGUAUAAUAAUUAAUUUUCAAUGUAUAGUUAAAAAGUGUAGGGUAGGUACGCAUUUUUAUUUUUUAUUGUCAAAUACUUAAAAAUUAAAUAACACCUAAUUAUUAAAAAUACAUUGCCAAUGAAAUACCUAGGUACAUGUUUAAUUCAAUGCAACAUUAUUACGCAAUACAUUUAGAAAAAUAAAAUAAAUAACCAAGUAUUUUCAUUGUUCCUUAAUGAUAUCACGGCUGAUAUACUCGUAUACUAUGUUAGUAGAUAGGUAAUAACUUGAAUCAUAACAUGGUUGUUUUAUCCCUAUAGUAUAAACGGUCAGUUUAUUAAUACUGUUAAGUAUUAAUAAGAAUAAAUUAUCAAUGUUAGACUAUUAACUAAGUUAGCACCUAUAUAGUAACAACCAUAAUAAACAAAAUAUGACGUCUUUUUGAGCGGGUCAAAAUUAUAUCUACAUAUUUUUUUUUAUUAACCUGAUAAAUAAUAUACAAUUAUCUAUAACGAUAACAGUUCAAUUAAUCCGUACAAAUGUGGUCAAUAAUAGAAGACCUUUACUAGUCAUAUUAUAUAGUCUACAUCUCUAUCAGCAAGUGUGAAUACAACUAAUAUCAGUAAAACGAGGACUAUUUAUAGAUUUGAUCAAAUUACACCUAUUCUAUUUUUUAUACUAAUAAUAAAUAAUAAAAUAUGCUUAAAAAUACGUUCAACUGUAAUAACAAUAUUUUUGACAUUUUCAGACUACUCCAUUAAAACGACAAACCCCCUAAACUACAACUAAACUAUUUAAGUAAUUAUUAAUUAAUAUGUCAACCUUAUAAUACAUUUUCCUAUGUAUUUUUUUUAUAUUAUAACAUAAUAUUUAAUAUAUGUAUACAAUUUUUAUAUUUUCUUAAUAGUUAUAGUCUGAUAAAUAUUCUCUUAAAACAUAUGAUAUUAAUAUUCUGUUAAAAAUUAGAAAACAUACAAAAAUAAUUCAUUGUUCAUCAAUAUAAUAUGCUUUGUAAUAUGUAUUUUUUUUAUUUUUCACUUUAUCAAAAUAAUAAAAAAAAAAAUAUCUACCGUUAUGAUUGUUUAAAGAUUUAAAAAAUAUUUUUUUUAGAUAGGUUGGUACAUCAAAAUUAAAAUUAAUAUUAAUAAUAAUUUGAAAUUGCAAUCAUUUUUUUUUCUAAUAAUUUAUAAAAUAUACUAAAUAUGUUCUAAUCUUUAAAAUAUUCUGAAAUAUGAAAAAAAAAAUAACUUUCCUGUGAAAUGUAUGUUGAACGAAUCGUCCACAUGUUUUACUCUCAUAAGAUUGCAUACACUCAAUCACAAUAUUAUGUACAAACACAAUCAUCCGGCCUCUAAUUAUAGUUUUUAUGACAUCAUAAAAUCGCUAUGUUAAUUAAAAAUUAAAACCUAUAAAUUAAUUUGUCUCCUUAUUUUCGAAAUUUUAGAUCUAAUAUUUUUAGAUGCUUAAUGCCAAUAUUUCUAAACCUUUUGAUACAAAUAAAUCCGUUAUAUAUUCGUUCAAUAUAUUUAAACUGACAAUUAGGUGUAAUAUUUUUGAAUGUUAAACCCAUGUAAUAGUAUACAUUAUACAAUCAACAUAAUGAUACGUAGGCCUCCACGGGCUGACAACCCCUGGUUCCUGGCCCAGCCCUGUAUUUUAUUGGUGUGGAGAAGCCCGACUUCACCCAGAUUUUUUGACGGUGUAUAAAAACCUGAUCCGGCAUUGAUUUUUUCUUAUAAUUUUCGAAUAACUAUAUCACGCCAUUCGUAUCCCUCGUAGGACUUGUGGUAUUAGGUUAAAAAUAUAAAAAAAAUAUGUAAGAAACGGUCAGGAAAUUUUUGUUGAAAAUAGUCCAGCCCGGCCCUUGCAGGUCUUUAAAAUAUAUAGGUGUAGGUAUUAUUUGAUUAUUUCCAAAUUGGAAAUAUAAAAAAAAAAAAAUCAUAUUAUUAUUACGAUUAUUUAUUUACUACAUAUAAUACAUAAUAUUAUAUUAUCAUAUUAUCUUCUAGUUUUUUUUUUAUUAUUAAAUAUUAUAAGACGUAUAUAGCAAUAGUCAUCUGUAAUGCCAGUUAUAAUGUAUUAUUUUAUCGUCUGACCGUUGAUCUGAUCUAUGGUUACCGACGUCAUAAUAAUUUUAUUUUGUACAUUCAUUCAAUAUAAUACCUGUGUUUGUGAAUUUUAAUUGUGUAUUCAGAUCGUAAAUCUGCGAAUUUUCUAAUUAUAUAACCUUUAAUAAAUAUUUCAUUCUUAACCACAGAUUAAUAAUAAUGAUCCUUUCGAAUGAGAUACCAGUGAAAAUGUAUAAUUUAAAAUAUAUAAGUUAGCUUAGGUGGAGUUAAAAACCAAGCUAGUCAUUUUGCAUGAACUAUAUGCUCAGAAUUUUAAAUCAAUUACAAUUUUCUAUCAAUUAUUAAAUUACCUAAUUAAUUAAAUUAUAGUCGCUUACUCACUUAUACUAGAAAAAACAUGCCAUAGAAAUUCCAAAAGUGCCUAUAGAUAGUUGAUUUAGGGGGGGGGGGUAAAAGCUAAAGCACCAAACAUCCCGUGAGUUAAUCUUUUAUUUUGAUAUGUUAACAAAAUCGUAUUGUAUAGCUGGAUGUCAUCAUGAUUUUUGGAUUAUUCAUUAUUAGUUAUCUAUAGGUACCUAGUACAUACCAAGGCGAUUGCAGAAUACAAUAUAUACAUUUAUAAGUAAGUGCCUAAUGAAGAAUUAUUAGCAUUUAGCACCCACCAUAAAAAGUCCUAGAUCCACGUUUGUAGAUAUUUCCUACAACCUAAACAAAAUAUUUGAUGAGAACAUAUUUUAUUAAGGAUUUAUCGAUUUCGCCGGCUAUCGACUUAAUAUACAAUAAAUAUAAGAAAUAAAAUGGUUAGAAACCUUGAAAAUUGAAUUUUUUUAAUAAAUUAGAGAAGAAACUGAUCCACCUAUGAAGAAUUUUUGAAAAUUUUAUCCCUAAAAUAUGUAAAAUUACAAUGGGAUGAAAGCCAACGUUUGGGGACAGGAAGCACUAAAUUAGACCAAAAUAUACAAUGUAUACAUACACUAAACUAUAUAGAGAUAAAAACAGAUAAAAUCGCGAAUAAUACAGAUAGUAUUAUAUAAUAAUAUAUAAUAUUAAGUAGGUACUAUUUAUAUUUUAAAUCGUGUAACCAAUAAUAUUGAAUAAAAAUGAAACACAAUAAAACGAUUGGUAUUAAAAAAGCUUAUUAAAGUUAUAAACAUGAAAUUAUUGACUUAUUUUAAAUAUUAAGAUUAUUGUCUUAGGUAUUCUAUCAGCUAUAUUGGUAACUAUACAAAAAAAAUUUGUAAAAAUCUCUAAAGCUGUCAGUGUAGCUUAUAGCUUUUUAAAAUAUUCUAAAUUUUGACGUUUUUUCCCUAACAAGGAAAAUCAUAAAAUUACCAAACAUCGUGUAAAUCAUCAUAAAAUAACAUGUAGGAAAAUUUCGUUUUAAACUUUUUUUUUAUAGUAUAUCAUUUUCGUGUCCAAGAAUGUUUUUAAUCGUUUUAUAGAAGUUUUAGUAUCCCAUUUUAAUAUUUGAAAUCAAGCCAAUUGAUUUACUUUUUUUUUAGAGUUCCGGGGGAAUUUCAUAGAGUACAAUAUUAAAUAUUGUUAAUAAUUUUAAAUAAAGAGAAAUAUUAUCAUUUGUAGGAGGGAUGUAAUGUUUUCAACUCGGAAGACAUUUUCGUGUUGCAUGUUUUUAUCCCCUGCUUACAUUACUUACGUAUUAUAAGUCCGUUUCAUAAUAUACUUGUAAAUUAUAUACAAUUUACUAAAUUAAUAAAUAAAUAAGUAAAAUAAUUAAUUAAAUUGCCUCCCUCCCUGAGUAUUUUUUUAGAACAUAAUAUAUAUUGUGUUAUACAAUAUUUACUUUUAGAUAUUAGGUAGGUACUUAGGUGUACCUACACAGAAAAUGUUUUUAAUAAUUAUUGUAUGUGCUCUAAAUCAAUACAGUUUAGUAAUAUAAACUAUUGUCUGAAAUAUUAUAAUGCCGAUACUUAAUUGUUAAUUGCACUUAAAAAUAACUAUCAGACACUAUUUAAAGUCGUACGAUAAUAAUAAUAAUAUUAAUAUAAUAUUAAUAAUAACAUAAGAAGGUGGAUUUUUAAUAAGGAAUUUCUGUGUAGGUAGUACCUAUUUAGAAAAAAAAAACCAAAUCAAUUAGAUUAAACUUUGUACAGACUCUAUAAAAUAUAAUUUUUAUACUAUAUUGUAAUAUUGCACAUUAUUCUUAUGACGUCGUGUUGGUCAAGUAUAUUGUAAUAAUAAUUAAAGACCAGAUUUAAUUGAUAUUACAACUUUUUUUACAAUAAAGAUAAAUGAGAUCCGAUUAAAUAUAUAGCCGAUAUAUACUAAAAAUAUUCUGCCUAUUUUAUUUUAUAAUGCAAUUUUUUCAAUUUUCAACGUUUUUGCAAUUUUCCCACGUUUUUAAAUCACAGGCGUUUAUCAUUCGUCUAGAAUUGUCUAGAAACUUGGAGAGCCCAGCGAGCGAUAAGCGUCUAUUUAUAUAUGGUGGCACUAUCGAAAUAAAUAAAUGCAAAAAAAAAUGCCGGAUGUACCUUUACCACCCGAACCUAUUAUUACAAGAUGGGGAACAUAGUUAAAUGCUGCACUUUUCUAUGCAAAUAAUUUUGAAAAGUUUAAAAACCUGAUGGAAAGUUUAACAGAUGAUGCUAUACAAGUGUCGACAAGCUUAAACAGCUUGCACAAAAUAAUGCAGUCAAAUGAAGUUUAGCCUGCAUAAAAUUACACUUAACCCAGGCAUCCAUAAAUAUUAAAAAUUUGGAAGAAUCAAAUAAUGAACUACUGAAAAGCAUGGAUAUUUUUAGAAAAUUUGAAGAUAUUUUAACAAAUAUUCCUGGUCCAAAUGGGGAAAAACUUAAAUAAAAACGUAUGUAUGUAAUUUAAAAAAAUGAAGGGUAUAAAACUUUAUAGUCUUACUAUGAUGUCAUGUCAGGUAAAGCAAAUGUUAAUUUAGAUAAUACUUUAUUAAGUUGUUUUAAAUAUCCACCAAUAGCUAGCGUAGUCGUAGAACAUAGUUUUUCUUUGUACAAAUAUAUUUUAAGUAAUAAAAUAUUUAAUUUUAAUGAAAAUAAUAUAGAAAUGUAUAUAAUUAAAAAAAGUAAUAUUUAUUUAAUUAUUUUUAUAUAAAUUUUGCUUUUUUAUAGUGCAAUUUAUUAUGCAAUUUGUGUGUGUUUUAAAUGCAAUUAAAUCCGGUCUUUAGUAAUGAUAUUAUAUUGUUAUUUUUGCUGUCGUAUAAAUCCUAUACGUAGGUAGAUAUUAUGUAUUAUACAGCUAAACGUAGAAAAACAUAAUUUUAACAUUCUCAUAUUUUCUUAUCUGUAUGUAUAGUAUAUAAUAUUAUUAUAUACCUACCUAAUAUAUUAUAGUAUACAAUAUGUAAAAACUAUAAAAUAUUACUAAUAGCUAUAUUUUUAUUAUUAUUAUUAUUAUUAGGGGUCAAUAUAUUAAUUAGCUUUACCGCAGCAGUAUGUUUGUUUCAACUCUCACUAUGUAUACCUAUUAUAUAUUAUUAUCAGCAUAGUAUAGGUCUGUUUUUUUUCUUUUUGCCUCGGUGACCGUUAGACGCCAUUUCGCUCGUUUUACGUUUAGUGAUUAAUCUGUUCGGGUUGUAUGGUGCUGUUGAACGUUUUUCUUCUCAUCGUACUGCUGCUACAGUCUUAUAGUGUCGUUGUGUUAUAGUUGUUCUCUGUUCUUACGUGCUUGACGUGUUUUUAAAUUAACAAGUUCGUUUUGCAUGAAUAAUCUGCAGGUAUAAUUUAUUGACGAAAAAUAUAUUUUAAUAAUAUGUAGGUAAAAAACGUUUUUUUUUUUUUUUAACUAUUAUAGUACCAUUGGUCCCAGAUAAAAAGAACUUUUUAAACUUUUUAACUAAAUCAAUUUUGUACACUUUUCUUUUUUAGCAAAUAAAAAAAAUGUAAUAUUUUUAAAAAUACAUAUACUUGUUAAUAAACUAAUGCUCACAUUUUUUAAAUAAAUUCACUAGUGCAAUUUAGACCAGAAAAUAGAGAGAUAAAAAAUUAUGGUUUGACACAUAUCCUUGAGAACAAAGAUAUAAAAUUACCUUAUUAUAUUAUUAUUCUCUUUUCGGCCUAAACAAAAAAUGUAUUAGUUAAAAUACCUAAUUAAUUACUAAUUAGCCUAGUUAUAAUAAUAUGAUAUAUACCAUAUAUUGUAUUAUUGACAAAGCUACACUAUCAACUGAAUUCCGCUCAGAAUUGUUUUUCGUUAACAAUGGUUUAUCGUUGCUUACAGAUAUACAUUAAAUUCCCGUCUGAUCCUAUCUUCCCAACUUCCCACCUACAACAGUGGCUGCACCCUCAUGUGUAUAUCCAUCCUUUUAUGUCCUUUUUUAUAAUUUUUGACUACUAAGUACAUACAACAUAUAAUGAAUCUUCUAUUAAAUUUUCAAGUAUUUCUGUUUGUCAAACAAUGAUAUUCACGUAUAAUACCUAACAAAUAAAAACUACUUGAAAAAUUCACAAACAUAAAAUUCCUACAAGUAGUUCAAAAAUCUCUGAAACAUUUUUAAAAUUUUAUCUCGUAUAGAAAAGAUAAAUAUAAGAUUUCUACCGAAAUUUUAAGUCUAAGAAUAUUUUUAACUGAAUUACAACAAAAAACAAAUUAUGAAACCAUUACUUCCGUAAACUUUACCACUUUUCUCUACCUUUUUUUCCGGUUUUGCUCAAUUAUUAAGAAUACUACAAUCAAAAAACGACUUACUUACUUACAUCAAAUAAAUAAAAAAUGCAACAAAAAAGGUCUCCUAUUGUUUUUCGAUUGGAGCAAUAUUUCUAGUAGAAAACAUAGUGCGUACAAAUUAAAAACAAUGAAGUUGGUAACGCUGUGGAUAGGCCAUAAUUUUCCAGAAUGAUAAAAUAUCGGGAUUUAAAAUUCCGGAACGUAAAAUCAUAAAUCUCGAUAAUCCAGAACAUAAUAUUUCGGAAUCUACAACUUAAAAAUCCGGAGUAUAAUAAGUCCUAAAUUUAAUAUUCUAUACUGUAAAUUUCCGGAACAUAAUUCGGAAUGUUCGUAAUUAAGUAAAACCAAUGGACAAUGGUUCUAAAAUGGUAACCUCCAGUAUUUUCAAUAUAUAUAUAUAAGCAUAUGGCUUCGGCAUAAUUAAAUAAAUAAAUAAACAAAACACGAUAAAUAAAUAGAUAAAUAGAUAAAUAAAUAAAUAAUAAUAGCAAUAAUAAAUAAGUAAUAAGUAAAUAGGUAAAUAAACAAAAACGGUGACUAGAAACUAAAGACUAAGAAUUUGGUAACUAUUGGGUUAAGUUGUCUCAUAGGCGAAUAAUCAGAUUUUCCAGCCAUUUAAUCGCGUUUGCACUGCCUUCAUGUAUACCUCUCAAACCCCCAUCGUAUUUAGUUAAAGGGCAUGUCUCAACUAUAUGCUUCGUUGUUUGGAUAUUUCCACAGCUACAAAGAGGUGACUCACUCAUGCCCCAAUUAUGGAGUAAAUAAUUGCAACUACCAUUAGCAGUUCUUAUUCUAUUUAUUGUAGUCCAUAAUGAUCGUGGAAAGUCAAAUCCUGAGAGUUUCUGGGUAGGAUCUACUACUAACUCAGCAUNGUUGAUAAAUGUCCUCGUAUACUGGGAGGUUUGGGUUUUUUUUAAUUUUAUUUAACAAGGAGUGGGUCGCUGCUUUUCUUCUCAGGUCAGCAGGAGCAAUGUUUGCAAGAGCAGGGAGCCAUUGUAUUUGAGUACUUUUUACCGUUCCUGAGAUAAUUCUAAUGGUAUGGUUUAACUGCGUGUCGAUUUUUUUACUGUGAGUGUUCCUUGUCCAAGCUGGCGCACAGUACUCUACUGCACUAUACACGAGCGCCAUGGCUGAGGUGCGUAAAUCAUUUGCUUUACAACCCCAGGUUGUACCUGCUAGUUUUGAUAUUAUGUUAUUCCGCGUUUUUAAUUUAUUUUUUAGACCUUCCAGGUGAGGUUUGAAAGUAAGGGCUCUGUCCAACUUUACUCCUAGGUAUCUGGGGAAGUCUUCAUUUGAUAUAACUUCCCCAUUCACAUUUACCAUGAUUUUAUAAUUUGCUAGUAUUUUCAAUUAUAUUUCGUCAAUAUCAAAUUUUUUCGGUCGGCCUUUUCUUUUUGCCUGACCCCCUAGAUCCAAUGCAAUUGUCUUUUCUAACUAUUUUGCCUGCUUUCCCAAAUUUUCCAUCAACCUCUAUUCUUCUUUUACGUUUUACACGUUUAUUUUCUAGAAACCAUUGAUAUUUUUUCGGAAAAAUACAGUCUGGAUUCUUAUGCUUCGGGAUUUUCCAAAAUUCAACAAAAAGUUCUCUUAUAAUUUUUCAAUUGUAACAAAAAAAAUAAAAAAACACUUAGUAAAACCAAUACCUCCCAAAGGCUCCACUCCGAAUCUAAAAUUGAGUCGAAAACUAAAACAAAUAAUAUAAUGCGUUAAAAGAUUGGGUUGAAAAUUUUGGUUUAAACUUUAAUAUUAAUAAAUGUUACUCUAUGUAAAUUUCGUUUUCAUUUGGAAUUUAUUUACUCAUUGUGUGACACUUAUCUUGGUAAUGGAGGUACAAAGGUCAAUGAUCUUGAGUUAUUUAUGAUUGUAAUUUGAGUUUUCCUAUCUAUUAUAUUGGUGGUACCUGCUUUAAAGCUUUAAAAGCCCUUGGAUUUCUUAAACGGGUUUUAAUGAAUUGAAAUUGCUUACCUCCUUCUACUAAAAGCCUUUAUACAUUAGUUAGAUAGAUUUUAGAGUUUUCUAUUGUUAUUUGGGAUCCGCAUACUGUUAGUGAUAUGUUUAAACUUAAAAGAGUUCAACGAAAGUUUUUAAAUUAUGUAGACUACUUGUUAAAAAUUGAACAUGGAUCUCAUAAUGAUUAUGAGCUGGUGUCAAAUAGAUUAUGUUUACAGUGUUUAAUUGAUAGGAGAGUAUUAAUGAACAAGGUAUUUCCUACGUAAAGUUUAUAGAUUGGUCGAUUGAUUGUCCUGUGUUACUUUUAAAGGUUAAUUUUAAAGUUUCUUGUUUCAAGAUUCGUUCUCCUUAUCCUUUUUUUUUGCCACUGUGUAUGUCAACUUAUUCCCGUGACCGACCAAUUCAUCAAAUGAUGCGUAUUGCCAAACCCAUCUGCUAUAUUUUGUUAACCAUAUUGUAUUGCUAUUCUGUGUUAUCUGGGCGUAUUCAAUUGUAUGUUUAAUUUAUGCAAAUAUUGUACUUCGGGCCGUGGCCCGUAUUAAAAUAAAAUGUUAUUAGUAUUAUCUUUUGUCCGAUCUUAAAUAGUUGGGACAAAGGCGUAGGAGAAGAAGAAUAAGUAUGACCUAUCAAGUUUUAAAUUUAUUUCGAUCUUGAAAAAAAAUUUAAUAUUGUGUACCUAAUAUGAAUUUUAUAAUAUGUUUUUCAGCGCGUGUGUUUAAAAAACUCAAUGUUACCUAUAGAUAAAAUUACCUACACCGGUAUAAAUUAAAAGUAUGUAUUUUAUUUUAUUAUUUUGGAGAAAUAUACUUUUAACUUAUCGGCUAAACCAUUUAAAUUUAAAUUGAUUAAUUUCAUUACCUACGUUUAAAACAUUAGGUACCUAUAUUGAAUGUUUUUUUUCUUCUAAAAGCGCAUUACGAUAUUAUUAAUACUUAAGUACUUAAGUAACAUUUAAUUAUUAUCAUCUAUUAAACAUUUUUUCGGUAAAAUGUAUAAGAAUAUUUACUAUCCAUUCGGUGGACAAAUUGUGUAAGUGUACCUACCUAUAUCAUACUAUCAUAUUAUGAAAAUAUGAAAAUAACCUUAAACGAUCCCGUGUCCUAUAGUUGCAAUACUAUUAUCUAUUCAGAAUAACAAUGAACUUUGAACCACUUGCUUAUAUUUUGAUAAUUUAUAACCUGCGGAGACCUAUAUAUUAUGUACAUAUUAACCGCGAUUAUUUAUUUCGUUAUAUUAAUAGGUGCAUUAUUAUAUUUAUCAUUAUAUAGAUAACGGUUUGCCGUGUGUACAUACCUAAAUACAUAUUUGUAUACAAUUUUUAAUAAGUAAUAUUAUAAUAUUAUAUUUAUUCAUAUUUCUAUAUUUAUGGUUGAUAUGAGGCGUCGACGAUGAGGGAAACGGCUAUUAGUGUUUUUUUUUUAGUUUAAAGCACAUUAAAUUUGUUGACUAAUUUUAUUAUAAACCUACGUGAUUAAUUAAUUUAUUGUGCAUAAUAUUGUGUUUAUUUUUUUCAUUUUCCAUUACAUAAUAUUCAUUUUCACGUAUUAUCAAUAUUAUUAGGCAUAUUAAUAUUUACUUGUAUAUUAUUUCGUUGGAUAUUAGGUACCCCGUUACUAGUAUAAGUAAGGUAUACAAAUAUUAUAUUUUGUAAUAUUUCAUCAUUUGCAUGGCGGGUAAUUCUGAUUAUAUUCAAUUUUACUUUUAUGUAUUUGUAAAGUCUUGUAUUAUUAUAUUUUAUUGGCAACAUAAAUGUUUGUCUGAUGUUGUUUGCCAACUGCAAUAAUUAUGUUGCCAAAGGCUAACACUUGCUCUUGAACUAGGUCCGACUGUCACUAUUCUAGGGUACUAACUAUACAGAUCUCGAUAAACGAUAUAUUAGGUACCUACUUAUAAUGAACGUAUUAUUUGCCCAUCGUUUCGCAAUUUAAUUUGACGUAAUAACAUUAAUUUUGUUUUUCCAGACGCGGCCAUCGUCAUGACUAAAGAUCACGCGAGUAAACGUUUUUAUCGUGUAGAUAGUAAUUAUGAUUUUACUGCGUUUAUGGACCGGGGACAAUCAGCUUCGUACGAAAACCGAUGGGUUUUCGAAACAGCUUGGGAAGUUUGCAACAAAGGUUUGUUUGUAAAUACCUACUUUUAUAAUAUUAUAUCUACUUAUUUGAAUAAUUUAAAUACUUAAUACUAAUAAUGCAGUUGACUACAAUAAUUAUAAGAUGAUCGGACGAUUAUUUAUUUACGUAUUUUUUUUGUAUUAAUAUAUAAGAGGGUACCUACCUGCUGAAUUUGUCUAACUCAUCGAUUUUAUCAUGUACAGGGUAAUGAAUCUAUCGUAAGACACUCGUUAUCUCGGAAAGUAUUAAUUUUUUCUGGAAUUUGUUUUCUAAAAUAUUUAAGAAACAAGCUGUUUUAUAAUUUUAUACAUGUUAUUUUUUUGUCACCCUUAUUUUUGGGGGUAAAACCACUACCUACUUUUGAUUUUCAAAUGGCAACUUAUAUUAAAAAUUCUUUAAAUGGAUAAAGUAUUAGUUAAAAUAUAUUUUGAUGUUGACCUGUUUGAUUUCCGUCAAUCCAUUAACGAGAUUUUCCACUGUUAGGAGGAGAAUAGUGGCGACUCAUUUGUGUGGCGGUACGGCGCGCGGUCUUAAUAAUACUCCACCACUCUCCCCCAACCCAAACUUAAAAGUGGAAAAUCUUGUUAAUAGAUUUACCGAAAUCAAAAAUGUCAACCCUUAAAUUUAUUUUAAAUAAUAUUCCAUCUAUUUAUGGAAUUUUUAAUAUAGGUCGUUAGUUAAAAAUAGGUAAUACUUUUACCCCUAAAAAUAUAGAUGACAAAAAAUAACAUAAAUAUAAAAUUUUAGAGCAGCUUGUUUCUUAAAUAUUCUAGAAAACAAAUUCCGAAAAAAGUUAAUACUUUCCGAGAUAACUAGUGUCUUACGAUCACGGUUAUAAAGAACAGGUUAUGCAACGCGGGCUGAAUGGGCGGUCAGAACUCGUUACGGCGUAGUUUCAUUAACUGUCGAACACUACUAGCCAGACGUGUUAAAUUUCAUAUUAUAAUGAAUUUAUCUGUAUAAUGUAUCACAGUCUGGGAACAAUUUCACUUAAGUUACCAAAUUAUCACUUGAAGUCCGCAGUUGUCCGUAUUUAUAAAUAUUUUUUUAGGAACAUAAGUAUUUGAAUGAAUGUAUACAUAAAUUUGAAACUAAUGUUUCUUGAGGUUUUUUUUUACAACCAGCUUAAAAGUUUCAAUUUAUUUAAGUUUCAAAGAAAAAAUGUUUGAAAAAAUUGUGUGAUAUUAUGUUCUAUUGCAGUGCAAUUAUAUCAUAGUUCGUAUCAAAUACUAUACUUUUUCUUCGUAUUUGUAUUUAAUUUUUAUUUAAAUAAUCUGUUAGAAAAAGAACAAAUACCAUUUAGAUAAGUACUGUGGUGGCUUGAACUUUUUUUUCCUAUGAAGUUACUACCUUAAAUUAGUAUAUGAAACUACGCCGUAACGAGUUGUGACCGUGCAGUCGUGUACAAAUCGUAUUACCGAUGACUAACCUGGUCUUUAUAAUUGUGCUUACGAUAGAUUGAUCACUCUGUAUACCUACUUAUAAUAAAAUUAUGUUCUGAUGGUGAAAGUCAAAUAAUCUUUUAUACAUUUGCUAUAAUGACAAAAAUCAAAAGUAGGAUGCAGAAGAGAUAUUAAACGAAUUUAAUGUAUUUUAUGGAGAUAAUUUGGUCUCCGGAUCAUUUUUGCUUUUUUUUUUGGGAAGGGUGUGGAAGAGCACAUAGUUUAAACACUAAUGAUUUUUCUAUGCUAUACUAAACAUAAUAAUAACUCUUGUAGAGUAUAUCGACUGUCCUUAAAUGUGUGUUAGGAGUUUUCUAUAAAUGUGUAAUAAUGUCUAUAUUUAGUUUUAUAUUUAGUUCCGAGCAGAGCGAGAAAUGUAUUGGUUUUAAAAUGAUAUUUAUUUUUUUUUAUCCGUGGACAACUUUUCUACCAACAAUUUCGAUUCAAUUUUCAAUUAUAACACUUUUUCUGAAAGAAAAUUUGAAUGGGGUGGUACAUUGAGUAGAUAACUUUUUGAUUCCCAAUAAAUGAGAAAAACAAAGGAAAAUGGAAAAAUAGGUACAAUAUUAAACAAAUAUUAUUAAAAAAAAUAUAUAAUAUAUUUGUAAUUAUUUUACCAUAAUAUGACCUAUAUGGCUGUUUUUUGUUUACAAAACAACACUAUUAACUGAACUCUGCUCAGAAUCAUUUUUCUUUAGCAAUGGUUAAUUGUUACAGUUAUACAUUAAGUUUCCCCUCUACCUUGCCAACUUUUCACCUACAACAGUGGCCCACCCAUUGUGCAAAAGUAUGUCCGUAUCUGUUUUAAUAUUUAUUUCAUAUUAUGAACGAAUUUCAGUCGGAGGGAUUUACACAGUUAUCAGAUCAAAAGCGUUUGUCUCUACUGAAGAAAUGGGAGAGCAAUAUUGUCUGUUGGGUCCAUAUAAAGAAAACUAUGCGAGAACGGCUGUCGAAGAAUUAGAAUUCGAAGAGGGAUCUCCAUAUCACACUGCAGUAACUGUACUGAGAGAUCAAGGAUUUAGGGUAUGCCAUAUCAAUACACGAUAUUAGUGGUGGAUUUUCAACAUUUUUCUGGUAGGGGUCCUGAAAAAUAAUAUGCAUUUUAAAGGUAUCUGUUAUUAGGUACCUCAUUUUAGAUGGCAUUUUAUUGAAAUUAAAUUUUUGUUUUGGGCCCCCACAAACACCUUGGACUCCCCCCUUAAAUCCGCCACUGCAUGAUAAUAUUUAUUUAUAAGGACGGGAGCCAGAAUUGUAAGAAUAUAGUAUAGGUAAUGCAUUCUAUAAGGAGAUUUUCUGUGUCCAGUUGGACACACAGUAAAAUCCAUUGAACACCCAGUAGUGGAGUAAGUUUUUGUUUACUGUGAAUACAUUAGUAAGUAUAUGGUAAAUAAUUGAAUUAGUAGAUUUAAUAAUAUUAUAUUUUUUAUAGGAAAUACUAUCACUGAUUCAAGGCCCAGAUUGAACCCACGAGCUACUAAAAAAAGUCUCAAAAUUAUACUUAUUUUUAAUUGAAUUAAUGUCAGUUUGAUCUAUUUUGUAUAGUUUUGAGCCGUGAAAAUCUUAAAACUUGGUGGGCUGCUACUUCCCUUAUCUGGUUCUAGUAGGGAAAGGGGUAACUGGGAAUAAUCUAAAAGUUAAGUUAAGGUGAAAUUCGGUCAAUCUGCUCAUGGAAAUUUAUUUUAAAGGGAGGAGGAUGGAUAAUAAACACAGUGUACUAUUCAUCAAUAAAUGUUUAGAAUUGUUUACAAUUUUUAUAAUAAAAGUAUUGCAGUGAUUUUAAUAUUUAAUAGUUGGGAUAAAACUUUCCAAAUUUGUCCAUUGAUGGUAAAAGGAAUUAUUUACUAAAAAUAAUAUAACAAUAAAAAAUAUUAUACUCUCUCAAAUUGUGUCCCUCAUUUACAUUUACAAGCAUUCAAAGAAAUAUGUACCUACAGAUUUUUGUAAAAAUUAAAUUGUGUGUUAACAUCUUAUCCAUGGGUGCAUAGAAAUCAAAGAUAUAUAUUUUUUUCGAUAUUUUGACAUGUUUACCUUAAUUUAAAAGCAAUCAAAACCAAAAUUCUGAUUUAAAUAAUGCAAAAUAUUAAACUGGAAAAAAUUCUCAAGUUAACCUCCCUAAAUGUUUGGCUUAAAUACCUUUAAAUGACACUGAAUAUUAGUAAAAUAACAACAUCAAAAUAAAUUUUAAAAAAAAUCGAAAGAGGAGAAUUCAAAAUAUUAUAUUAUUAUUUUAUUUUUUAUACUACCUAAUUAUUUUUAGUUUUAUGUAAUACUGAUGCGACUGCAUUCAAAUAUAUUAUUUACACUUAUAUAGAUUUCUGUACCAAUGACUCUUAUAAAAUACUUUGUUUAAUUCUGUUUAUUGUUAUGUUCUUCUUCUUCGUCUUCAUCCUAACUAUUUGAUGUCAGCCAUCCUAGUCCUAAACAUCCACUUGACCCAAUCUCACCUAGCAUACACUGACUUUUCUCAUAUCAUUUACUAUCACAUCAAAUCUCCUUCUUUUCAGUCUCUUCCCCUUUUUCCUCCUACAUCUAUUUUCAUUACAGUACUUGCUGUUUCAGAUUCCUAUUUCCCAUGAAAUGCCCAAACCAUCCAGUUUAUUUUUUUAAUUUUACUUAUUAUAGAAGCCACACCUAAGCCACCUCUUAUGUACUCUCAUUCUUAUCAUAUCUUUUCUCAUCUCUGCUACAUUCCAUUCACUGUUUUAUUUUUUUGUUUACUGCCUAAAACUUUAAAUCAUACAACAUAGUUUCACAACACUUUUAUAGAACUUUUAAUCUCAUUGGAAUUCUCUUGUCACAUAAAAAGCCUGAUGCUCCUCUCCUCAUUAUUAUAUAUGAUAUUCUCCUCCAAACAUUGUUCUUUUGUACAAAACAUCCUACCUAAAAACUCUCAACAUCACCACUUAUUGUCUUUAUUGUCCUGUUUCUCCAAACCCAUAAUGUUUUACUUAUGCUUAUCAUUAGUCCCUUUUCUUGUCAAGCUGUCAAUCUGGGGCAACCCUAUUUGUAGCCUCUUACAAGUAGAGAUACUGUGAGAGUACUAUGAUCCCCUCCCAUGUAAAGAGAAUAUUUAUUAUUAUAUUUUUUUUUGAUUUGAUAAUGUUUAAUAAUUAUCAUUUCGAAAAUUAGAACUGAGCAACUUGUAAUAUGAUAUCUUUAUUUUAUUAAUUGUAUGAUUGUACCUCCUAUACAGUCAUUAUAACCUUUAGACUAUAAUACUUACAUAUUAACUAUUAAGUAGGUACUUUUUUCUGUAUCAUAUCAAAUUAUAAUCUUAAUUAAAUAAAUAAAAACAGUUGUUGACAGGUCGGUGGUUAGUGGAUGGUAGUCCACAAGUUAUAUUAUUUGAUAUCGGUUCAGCAGCGUGGAAAUUAGACCAAUACAAACAAUCUUUGUGGGAUACUUGCAACAUAGGUAUUCCUCAUUUGGACAUAGAAGCUAACGAUGCUGUUAUUCUGGGAUAUUUAAUAUCAGAAUUCCUGUCAGAAGUAAGUACAGAUUGUAUAUUUAUGUUUGUCUGUUUAAGAGCAUAUGAAUUAUUAUGUGAUGCAUAUAAUUUUUUCAUUUAAAACAAAUUAUUUGUGAAUGAUUUUUCAAUUUUAUAAUUUUCCAUUGUGUAUUUUAAUAAUGAAACUCACUAACAAUACUCAUUGAUAUAAUGAUAUAAUGGUCACAGAUUUUUCAAUUUUCUAUAAAAAUAAUACCUCAUAAUUAUUAAUAUUGCUUUAAUUAAUGUUGAAAUACAUAAUAAUAUAGGAAAAUAAAUAUUUAGUUUAAAAUGCAACAACCCCUUAAUUGUUCAACUAUUUAAAUUUUGACCUCCUAAAAUGUAUAUAGGUAAUCAAGAGAACCUAACUGUACCUAUUUAAAAAGGAUUUAAUAUAUGCCUACCUAUAUUAUUUUCAGUUUCGUACAGCUGCUGCUGCUUAUGUAGACUCUACACCACUGGUUAUAGCUCAUUUUCAUGAAUGGCAGGCUGGAAUAGGAUUAAUAGCAUUACGCACCAAGAAAGAACCAAUAGCUACUGUAUUCACAACCCACGCCACGUUAUUGGGCCGUUAUCUUUGUGCCGGAAACACUGACUUCUACAACAAUUUGGAAAAAGUACUAGUAUUAUUAUUCUUUUUUUAACCUUUUACACAUGGUUUUUUGCAACCGUAUGUAUAAUCUUUCCCUAUAAUAUAUCUUUGCUGUCUUCUAUAAUAUUAUGCAUAUUGUAUAUAUAUAUAUACAUAUAAACAUACAUGAGUAGCAGAGCUCGAAUAUUCCUCAUUGACUUGUUACUGGUACAGUGUACAAUAUAUAUAUAUAUAUUUUUUUAUGAGUGUAGGGGUAUUUAAAAUUUUAUAUUUCUUGUGAAAAUACAAAAUUUGAGUAUACAAAUAAUUACGGAGGGUGUUGAAAGUCUGUAAGGUAUAUACAAAGUAUUGUUGGAUACGCAGCAAAAUACCUAUACCUAUACCUGUACCUUUAUACCUAUACCUGUUAUUAUUUAUACAGUUCAAUCUCGACGAAGAAGCUGGUAAAAGACAAAUUUAUCACCGCUAUUGUAUGGAACGAGCUGCUGCGCAUAUUGCACACGUUUUUACAACAGUAUCAGACAUUACAGGAAAAGAAUCCGAAUAUUUGCUAUCCCGGAAGCCAGACAUUAUUACACCAAACGGGUUAAACGUGAUCAAAUUUUCAGCAUUGCAUGAAUUUCAAAAUCUCCAUUCGACGUCCAAAGAGAAGAUUCACGAUUUUGUCCGUGGUCAUUUCCACGGGUAAUAUAUAUUCUAUAUCCUAUAUUAAUAUAAUACAUAUAUUAUAAUAUUAUAAGAAUCUAAUUGUUUCAAACUUUUCCGCUUAUACAACUUUUAAGUUUUAAACAGCUACACUUUUGUUUUUGACAGGCAUUACAACUUCGAUCUCGAGAAGACGUUGUAUUUCUUUACAGCUGGAAGAUACGAAUUUUCCAAUAAAGGAGCCGAUAUAUUUAUUGAAGCGCUGGCGCGUUUAAAUCAUUACUUGAAAGUAUGUAUCUGAGAAAUUAUACAAAUAAUGAUUUCUUUUAAUAUAACAAUGGUUUAAUAAUGUAUCAUGUGCUGCAUAGAAGUAGAUGUAUUGUAUCCUAGUUUUGAAUAAAGAAUGAAUUUUCAAUCUACGAGGUAUCAAGAAGUUUAAUCCCUCCUCGCAUUAUUCUUAUUAGCAAUGUAUCACACUAAUCAGUGCGAAAAAUAUACACAUUUUGGUCUUUUUAAUUGAACAAAUUAUCUAUAACCCGUCCCAUCUUCUAUUCCAUCUUAACCAUCUGAAGUCUUAAAAUUUGAUCGUAUUGAAAAAAAUGAAAAACAUUAUUAUUUUUUUAACUAAAUAAAGUUAUUUCUUAUUUCAAAACCAUAAUUCUAUUAUAUCUUUGUGUAAUGGCUUUUUAAAUGGAAUAAUUUUUCAGAGUGCAAAUUCAGAUAUGACUGUUGUGGCAUUCCUGAUAUUUCCAGCUCGCACUGACAACUUCAACGUGGAAAGUCUUCGUGGACACGCCGUUACAAAAAGUUUACGGGAUACCAUACUAGAAAUACAAACGAAAAUCGGCCGUAGGAUCUAUGAAAUAUGUUUAAGGUAAACAUGAUGUUUUUUUUUUUAUAUACAAUAUGUAUAAUGAAAUCGGUAAAAUGUACGCCGCCACCUUGUUAAAGCUGCACGAUACCCCGACUCUAAGAAGAUGCCUACCAUCGUUUACUUAAUCCAGUGGCUUUCAACUGAUCUGCCGCGAUUUUUUAAAAGUUUUUAUUUUUAAGUGACCGAUUACCUUGCAUUGUAAAUAUAGGUAUGAAAAUAAAUAAGGUUCAAUCAUAAUGCAUCUGCAAUAUUUGAAGUAAAAAAUUAAAUAAUGACCUAAAGAAAAAACAAUUAACAAAUAAGUUGUUUGUUGCCGAAACAUAUACCGUGAAGAAUUUUAUGAAGAGCCGUGUUGUCGUGUAUAAAAAAGGUUUAAAACUGAUUUAUACUAACUCUCGGUAUACCAUUUUCUCGAUUUUUGAAAUGUACACCGAGUUAUUCUGAACGGCUUAACUUAACUUAAAUCCGGAUUUCGAAUGAUCGUCAAAUCUAAUUUUUGUAUUAUUUAAAACCGCUUUAAAAGUUUGUGGGCUCGGGUACAUUAAAAAUAAAAAUAAUACAAAUAUUCCUAUACAAAUAUUUAUUAUUCAUUUUCUAAUUACUAGUACCAUAUAUUAUCUCUUUUACGUGUUUUUUAUUAUGAUGACCACGCAGGGGUCGAAUGCCAGUGGAAGAAGAAUUGCUGACUAAAGACGAUACUGUUCGGUUGAAAAGGUGUACGUAUGCUUUGCAAAGGAAUGAUCUGCCUCCUGUGACCACGCAUAACGUUGUCAACGACUGGAGCGAUCCGGUAUUGAACACCAUCAGAAGGUGUAAAUUGUUCAACACGACGUCUGACAAAGUGAAGGUGAGGGCGGAGGAGACCACUUAUAUUAUAACCAAAUAUGCCCACUCGAGAUUCAAAAUAAUGGGCGUAAUCAUUACUACCAUGUAUCUUCUCGGUUUAGAUUGUGUUUCAUCCAGAGUUCUUGUCAUCCACCAACCCGUUGUUUGGGUUGGACUAUGAGGAAUUCGUGCGUGGUUGCCAUCUAGGAGUGUUUCCUAGUUAUUAUGAACCGUGGGGAUACACCCCCGCCGAAUGCACAGUCAUGGGAAUCCCGUCAGUGACUACGAAUUUGUCAGGUAUUAUAAUAUACUUUUAUUUAUGUCAUAUCCAUAUAUUGUGGCACAAAAUAGCAAAGAGUACUAUUAGUGUAAUGGUAAGAAGUUUUUUUUUCUAUGAAACAAUUUGAAUGUAAAAUUGUAAACAACCACACAAGCACAGAAGAAUCAGGAUCUAUUUCUAAAGCCACUAAACGUUCUUGUACUUCAUCUGUAUAAUAAUAAUUUAAUGAUAAAUGUCUCACCCACACACUUUAUUUAAUCAAAAAGCAACUGCUUCAUAGGAUACCCAUUCACAUCACCCCUGGUAAUCUCUAUUUUAUUUUUCAUACAUUAUUGUUCUCAACAACAAAUCAUUUUAAGAAAUAGAUUAUUUAUUAAUUUGUCAAACCAAAAAAUUAUCUUAUCCCCUUCCUCCAACUGUAAACUAACCAAGACAUAAUAAAACACCCUUGCAUGUGUAACUAUGUAGUGCCUGUGCACUACAAAAAAAACAUCUAUUAAAAAUUAAUAGUUGACAACAUUUCGAAGCACAAGAUAAUGUGGAUUAAAAAUAUACAUUAUAUAUAUAUAUUUUUUCUUUGAAAAGUUGCAUUUAUUUUAGAGUAUUAAAACAGUUAUUAUUUCAAACAUUAUGUGUUAAUAGCAGUUUAUUUAAAAUAAUGAAAAAAACCUGGCAGUAUCUUGUGUCUUUUCGGAAUGUUGUUAUCUUUUAAUUGUAAUAUUGGUGAUUUCACUAGAAGAUCAAAAUUAAGUGAAAUCAAUUGAUCUCUAAACAGGAUAAUAAUCCUGUUUAUAUCAUUAUAAUAUUGUUCAGGUUUCGGUUGUUUUAUGGAGCAACGUAUUGCUGACCCGAUGAGUUAUGGGAUUUAUAUUGUGGACCGUCAAAACAUCAGCGUUGAGGAAUCUGUCAGGCAGUUGGCCCAGUACAUGUACGAUUUUGCGAGAAUGAGUCGUAGACAACGAGUUAUCCAGCGUAACCGUACUGAAAGAUUGAGUGACUUGUUGGAUUGGCGUAAUUUGGGCAUUGUAAGGUUAUCAUAGUUUAUUUUGACAUAAUAGCCCAAAUAUUUUUUGUCUUUUAGAAGUUAAACACUCACAACUCCCUCUCCUAUUUGCACCAAUGCAUUUUGUCAAAUCUAUAUACUAAUAGAAUUUACAUGUUUCAUGAUUUCCAGUAUUACAGGCAAGCCAGGUUAAAAGCGUUGUCGCAGGUGUUCCCGGAUAUGUUUGAUAAAGAAACGGAAAUGUUGUGCAUCACAGAAGCAUCGCGACGCCGAUAUAACUAUCCCCGUCCAUAUUCUGAACCACCAUCACCUACAAGCAGCCGACUCACUACACCAGGCGCUUCGCUGCAUGGAUCAGACGAUGAAGAUGUAGAUGAUGAGCGUGAGGUAAUUACAUCUAAUCAUAUUGAUAUUUUAUUUAAUUCAGUUUGUAUGGAAACGAAACAAAUAAAUCAUUAAGCCAUUGAGACAGUAAUUCAGUUAAAAAUAUUUGUAGACUUGAAAUGUAGACAGAAAGCUUUUUACCUAUUCUAGGCAUGGUAACAUUUUCAAAUCAUAUAAGCCAUUCAAUUUUUUGAAUGUACGUAUAUUGCCAAUUUAAGAAUGAUAGUAAAGUCAGACUAUAGAGAAAUUGAGCAGAUUAACUUAACUUAGUGUUGAAAUUCUGAUAUUAUUUUGAUAUUAUAUGUGUUAUGUUAGUCAAUAUUGUCAUUUUUAUAAUAUGUCUAUUGUAGUCUUUAAUGGUGGUACUUACUUGUGAUUGCAGUGGUUUAGCUUUUUUUCAUUAUUAUAUUCUUAAUGGGCUCUUUACCUGAAGUAAAAUUAAUUUUCAAAAAAGCGUUGUAAAUAUGUGUAUUUAAUAAAAUUAUUUUUCUGGUUUUUAUCAAAAAGUAUGAUUGUCAUUUGGCUCAGCCAAAAUGGUUAAAUAACAUUUCUAAUUUUCCACAUAAUAAUAUUAUUAUUAUUGUAUCUAAAGAAUUUUUAAUUGUUUACAGUAUUAAAGUUUGAACAUUUUAGAUAUUUUUCUAUUAUAUUUAAUUUUGUUUGGAGUCGCUUUACUCUAUUAAUAAUAUAUUAUUUUUUUCAGCUUGCAGAGCUCUCAGAACAUUUGAGCCAUUAAUUGUACAUAUGUUAUUGUUACAAUAAAUAUUAUAUUUAACACUUAGUGCUUCCAAAGUAUGUAUAUUUUUUGUUUCAAACUUGUUUCCCAUGUGAAAUGUUCUUAGUUAAUAACAGAA